ACUAUUUACUUCAACUUUGAUGGUACGAGAGGGGAUUGAGAAACUGGAAGCAAUACGUCAAAAUAGAAUAGAUUAAUAGAAGUAAAUUACGUGAGAAUUAGAUUCAAAGUUCCUAACCGAGUCUUCCAUAAACAAGACUUACUAGUAAAUAUAAAGUGUAUUGCAUAGCGAGGUCAGCGAUAAGGUGUUAAUUAGAUAACAUUAUCACGUACAUACCUAUUGUUGUUGUUAGCAAUGGAAUUACUUCGCUACAGUCUUCGGAGAACGUUAAUAGCCUACAGACCGGUACAUAGAAAUAUGCAUUUAUUAAAAAGUAAAGCAUAUGUGGAGGGCAAAUGGGUGGCUGCAGCUAGCGGCCAGGAGUUCAGUGUGUACAACCCUGCAGAUGAUUCGGUUAUAGCAUCAGUGCCCGAUAUGACAGCUCCGGAUGCUAAAAAAGCUCUUGAUGCAGCUGCUGACGCUUUCCAGACCUGGAAGUCCUACACAGCAAAAGAACGCUCCAAGAUAAUUAGGAAGUGGUACGAGGUGGUUGAAGCACACACUGACGAUCUAGCCGCCAUUGUAACUGCUGAGAGUGGGAAACCAUUAGCAGAAGCUAAAGGAGAAGUAGCUUACGGCAAUUCCUUUUUGGAGUGGUUUGCUGACUGUGCUCGCCAUAUCAAUGGAGAAAUUUUAACAAGCCCAUGGCCCAACAAACGUAUAUUGGCUUCCAGACAACCACUCGGUGUUGUAUCUGUUAUUACUCCAUGGAACUUUCCUUUUGCUAUGAUCACCAGAAAAGUUGGAGCUUUGAUGGCUGCUGGAUGCACUUGUGUAAUCAAACCUGCUGAAGACACUCCCCUAUCUGCCUUAGCAGCUGUUGAGCUGGCAGAGAUAGCUGGAGUACCAAAGGGAGUGAUCAAUGUUGUCACUUGUAGCAGGAAAAAUGCUGCAGAUGUCGGUAAAGAGAUGUGUGAGGAUUCUCGUGUCAGAUGCAUUUCAUUUACUGGAUCUACUCAUGUUGGCAAACUGCUGUAUGGACUUGCAGCAAAAGGAAUUAAGAGGGUGGCUCUUGAGUUAGGAGGAAAUGCUCCUUUCAUUGUCUUUCCGAGUGCUGACAUAAAGCGUGCUUUGGAUCAAGCAAUGCUUGCUAAAUUCAGGAACAACGGACAAGCAUGUGUUGGUGCUAAUAGAUUCCUGAUACAUGAAGAUGUGUAUGACCAAUUUGUUGAAGGUUUUAAAGAACGCAUCCAAACUCAUUGCAUAUUAGGACCGGGGACAAAAGAAGGUGUCACUUGUGGUCCCCUUGUUAAUGCAGAGCAGGUGAACAAGGUUGCUGGAUUUGUAGCUGAUGCAACACAAAAAGGUGCCAGGGUUUUGACUGGUGGCAAGAUUGCUGCCAAUCUGGGUACAAAGUACUUUGAAUCAACACUGAUUGAUAAUGUUACACCCAACAUGAAGGUGUUUAAUGAAGAAGUCUUUGGGCCAAUUGCAACUAUUGUGAAGAUAAAGAGUGAGAAGGAAGCUGUAGAGAUUGCUAACAAUACUAACAGUGGUCUGGCUGCUUAUGUGUUCACUAAGGAUCUGGGACAAGCAUUUAGAAUGUCAAGGGAUCUGGAAUUUGGGAUGGUUGCCAUAAAUGAUGGUCUACUGUCUACUGCUGAAGCGCCAUUUGGUGGGAUUAAAGAGUCAGGGAUUGGCCGAGAGGGCAGCAUGCAUGGUGCUGAAGAGUACACUGAGAUUAAGUAUACUCUGAUGUCUGACCUGGAAUAAUAAAAAGUAUUGAAAUAUCAAAUUGUGUCCUUUCCAGCAAAUCAUGUUUCUCUUCUGUCAUAUCAAUAAAAAAAAACUGAUUUUCAUUUGAAUUUGCUGGAAUUUUUAAAUAAGAAUAAAGUAAAAUAAAUAAACAAUAGUAUAUUGUGUUUAUAAUAGAAGAAAAAUGACAUCACUUUAGACUAUGGAAGUUAAACCAAAAAAUGUAGAAUGUUAAUUGUUACAUAUCAAGGAUACUCAAAGCCAUAUUAAAACUGGUUGUUCAAGUGUUGCAUUUAUGUACAAGAAAAAUCUUUAUAGUGAUUUAAUAUUGUAGUAGUAGUUUUAAUAUGUAUUUUGCUUGUUUGUAAGAUAAAAUUAUGAUACCAUAUACUUUGAUAAUUUUAGUAUUCUUGUGCCAUUGCUCAGUAAGCAUUUAUAAAUGUUUGGGUUACUCAAUUGUUAAUCUGUGGUAGCUAAUGAAUUAUUCAUUCUGUAAAUAUUUUGUUAUUUACCCACACUUGUAUACAUAAGCACUGUUUUUACAAAUAUUUGUUAAAUGUUGUUUUAUUUUUAAGCUUUAUUUUAUAAGUAACUUGUGUUAUUUUCUUAAAGAAUAAUGCCCUACUUAUAAAAUAAAGAUUAAAGUUAAAUGUUGUUUUGUUUUUAUUACUGUGUUGUUGUAUUUAGAUAUUAUAUUUCCUAUUAUAAUAUUAAUAUGUUAUUUAGAAAACGAAUUUAUGGCUGUUUAAAAAAUUAAAGCAUAAUAUUAUGAUUUAUUACAGUUACCAAUCAUUCCAGAAUGUUCUGAAUGUUUUAACUAAAAGUGAGACAAUAAUUAAAUGUUUAAGGUACAUAUAUGAAUAAACAUAUAUUUAUUAUGUCAAGAA